AUGGUACAAAGUGUCAUGAUUCCUUCACCAUAUAUGCCAUCCAUUUCUAAGGUGACUCAGACACAAAGUUUCGUUAAACCACCACGAUCACCAGAUAAUAUCCCAUCCAGCUCCAAAGUACCACCCCCGACCCCCAUCUCUAAAGUGUAUACUGAGGCACAAAGUGUCAUGAUACCACCAUCACCAGAGCAUAUCCUGUCCACCACAAAAUUACCACCAGCAUCACCAGAGCAUAUGCCUUCGACUUCCAAGUUACCACCAUCACCACCACGACCCAAGCCCAUCUCUAAUGUGUCGACUGAGGCACAAAGUGUCAUGAUUCCACCACCACCAGAGCAUAUCCCUUUCAGCUCCAAGUUAGCACCAACUACGCCUAUCUCUAAUGUGUCGACUGAGGCACAAAGAGUCAUGAUACCACCACCACCAGAGUGUAUGCCUUCCACCUCCAAAUUACCACCACCUAUGCCCAUUUCUAAGGUGUCGACUAAGGCACAAAGUGUCAUGAUACCUCCACCAACAGACCAUAUGCCUUCCACCUCCAAAUUACCACCACCACCGACGUUAUCUAGCCAGUCAAAGAGACAAACUCCGAGAGGGAAACGCGGUCGGCGGACGGCUUCGGCGACCCCUGAAAAGCAACCUGGGAUUGUGCCUUCCAAAAAGCGCCCUCGACUUGAAACCAAGUCUCCCGAGGAAGCCAAACGCACGAAAACCACCGCGAAUCCUACACGGACGGUGAUAGAUCAGAGUCAAUUGGAACUGCAAAUAGCAGUCACUACUGUCCCGCAAGGAUCCCUUUCUUCGAGCCAGGCAAGACAACUUCAGGAUGCCAUCGUAGAUAGCAUCGUGGAAGUAGUCCUGUCUCCGUCUCAGACCGUUCUAGCUCCAUCUUUCCGCGGGCGCCCUUAUCUCUACCAAGGGGCCCUGGCGAUGUGGUGCGAGAAUGAUUACACUCGCGACUGGCUAGAAAACGCUCUGAAAUCCAUACCAUCUCCCAUCCCUGAUACCACUUUAGUAGUCGUGAAACUUUCCGACUUGAAGAGGAAGAUCAGAGCCGGUCUUCUUUUGCAUACCUUUAUCACCGACGCGGCGAUGAUUCAGAAAGUCCUUUGCUCCCAGAACCCUUGGUACCAGGUCGAUACCUGGCAAUGCUUGAGUAUGUCGGUGAAGGAAGGUGAUGGUCAUAGGCAUUUACCCCCCAAAUACAAGGAGGUAUAUAUGACCUUGGGGAUUCCUGAAGNUUAUUAG